CAGACUGACAUCACUGACAUAUAUUUGACAUAAAGAAAAGCAAUUAGUCGGCGCAAGAAGAAAUCCUAGAUUUCGGGGCAUUUUUAUUGAAGAAACGUGUUCAUCGAAAGUCAUAGAAGUUGUGGGUAUUCUGGCUUCAAGUUCAUCGUCUUUAAAGAAGGUUUUGUGCAAUGUCUUUUUAAAUAAGCUAUAUACAUUCAUAAGAAAAGCAGCCAUAGGCUGAUGUGGACCUCAGAAAUGCUAAGCUUAGAAAAUAUUAAUGUAUGAUUCAGAUGUGCAUAAGCUCCGCAUGGGUCAAUGGUGGAGCGUAGAUUGUCGUUGAUCAUAAACUUGAUUGAAAACUUUGAAAAGUUACUGUCGACUUAAAUUGCCCAGAAAACGAAGGUGAAGGCAGAGAUUAAGCUUAAGCUUAUAUAACCGCGAGCUUAUAAGCUUAUGUACUGACAGGCCAUUAUACAAGUAGAUAUUACACAUGGUUUGCUAUUCGAAAUCACAACGUGAUCAAUUGUAGAUUACUAGAUUCUCCUUGUUCAUUAAUUUAUGUCAAGAAGGAAAGUUACGAUCCGUCUAUGUAGGUUGACUCAUACUGUAUUUUCGCAAUCCUUUAAGUUUACUUUGCCCUUUAGAUAUUAUGGCCCAAACUGGAACCUUGAUUUUCUCAGUUUCCUGUUGGCGGCCCUAAUCACUAACCUUUACAGUAGUUGGUGCCAGCUAAGCAAUUUUUCCAAACUACAUUUACCAAACAAGUGAAAAGUGAAAAUUUUUGGAAGAUGUUUGUUCACUUGGACCAAAGUAAUAAAAUUUUGAAACUUUAAAUCAUUCUCAAAAAAAGGUUGAGUUUGAUUGUCCGGGUGAACGUAGUCCUGAAUAGGACUGUUGUUGUUGACAGUGACUGAUGUUUCGGCAACCUGUGCGGUAGUCAUCUUCAGAGUCAAAGAGAAGACUCUGAAAAUGACUACCGCACAGGCCCGGGUUGCUCGAAGCAUGGUUAGUGCUAACCAGCGUUAAAUACCAUGGAAAACUAUACAUUUUGAUACCUCUUAACCAACAGUUAGUGCUAACCAGGCUUCGAGCAACCGGCCCCUGGUUUUCACAGUUUUAAAUCAUUCUUUUGAAAAAUUUGACUUUUGAGAGCUACUCUUAUUCAUAUUAGGAAUUUCCAGUAGCUUCUCUUUUUAGAGCCUAAAAUUUAUAUUCCCAACCAAGGCAGCAUUUGGUGUCUUAAAUGUUUAAUAUUCUGGGCACCUGCACAAAACUGAAUUAUUAAUGAUUAUUAAUCAAUCAAUAAAUUAUCAAUUGACAAUUUUUUGUUCUCAUUGUCAUCAUAGAAUUUUCAAACACCAUCUUGGAUAGCCUCUCCGCAGAUGUCACGUGGGGUUCUUUUAUCAUGCAUUCAUUUCUUUGCGUGGUGAAUGAACCCCAAAGGACAUCUGUGGGGAGGCUACAUCUUGGAGGGCAGAUGAAUUACUGUUACUGUAGUAUGUACAAUGUUAUUACAAUUGAAAUUAACAAGAUCAUGUUUAUUGUUGCAGGAUUGUAACAAUUGUUUAUUCUACUAUUAACUUGUUAUUCAACUGCCAUGGAUGAAAAAGAAUGGAUUCCUCACACCACAAAAACAGGAAAAAUUCUAUAUUAUAUUAAUCCUGCCACAGGAGAAUGUAAGUGGCAGAGUCAGCUUACUAAGGUAUGUUUAUUAUUGUGAGAUGUUGGCAGCUGUUUGCAGUUAUCAUGAUGACCAGUUCAUUUGAAAUGUCUGAUUCUUUUGUCUUCUUUUAUUGGAGAAUUUUUUAUUUAAAGUUAUUUUGCCAUCUUAGCAACUAGCUUGUGUUGACAUUGCUCCAAGCUGUAAUCAUUUUAGGUCGGCAUGGCAGGUAGAACAAAAAUUAAUGAGCAGUUUUUGAGCAGUUUUCACCAGUUUACUAGUAGCAGUCAAUCAGUUAUUGGCCAGUAUUACUUCAGUAUGCUGUGGUGUGUUUUCAAAUGCAUUGCUUAACUAACAGGCAGCCUAGACACUAUGGGAGUUGGUUGGCAAUUGAAUUUUUUGAGAAUGUGUCAGAAAUAUAAGUGACUCAUCUUGUUUUUGUGUUGUGUCUUAAUAAAUUACUGUCUGUUCACUUCUGGAGCCAUUUGAAAGCAGUUUUGGUAACUCUUAGAUUUCUUAUCGUAUAAGAAUACAGCUCAAAAUCGAACACUCACCAAUACAGCUUUGGAUUUGCAUAAACAUAAACAUAAACGCAAGGCAAGUCAUUUUUUAUUUCCAAUCUUUUCCAAAAGUAGAAGUAAGAACAUAUUUUGUCCAUUGUCAUACAUUCUGUUUUAAAAUUUAAGUACCACAAACUCCCAUAGAGUCUGGGCUGCCUGUGGGAGUACUAGUUAAGUUUGUUUUUGUUUGACAGAAAGCUGAGCAGGAAGUUCAUUCAAAGCAGCUUAAAAAUGGAAAAGAGCCCUGCACUCAAGAGGAGCUUUCUAAAGAGAAGAUUACGUCCGUCCCACAAGUGCCAAUUUCCCAAGAAACACAACAAGUGCAAAAGCCCAGUGUGGAGAGCAAGUGUGAGGUCUCAUAUUGUAAAAGAGAAGACACUAUGAGCUGUUCACAGCUUGAAUGCAUGGCUCAAAGAGAGGAGAUGGAUUUGAUAGCACACAAACAGACUGACAAACAGCUAGAGGUACCUACAUUUGUACAGGUAAGUGCAAAUUUAGUACAUUUUGUUGCCGACCGCUAUUGAUGCUUUUAAUCUCCUCCAUAACCCAUUGUUGUGAGUAAUUGUACAACAUUUUAUGAUGAUUGGCAAUAAUGAUUUUGCAUCACCAAUAGUUUCAAUACUGCAGUAUGAUUGUACUCUUAAUGUGUAAAUUAAUGGAUAUUGCAUUUGACAUGAAUUUUUUGGAUGCAAAGGAGUGCUGGGUGAAAUUGUAUGCAUGUAUUUUGGAUUGGGGGGAGGGGGUGGGAUGGUGACUUUCUCAGCGGAGUAGUCACAGUCGUCACCAGUCCCUCUCUAUGCACUUUACUACAAAUAAAAAAUAAUGUAUUGUAGUAUCUGCAGCGGACAAACCAAUUUGAUGCAGAACUACGGUCGCAGCUUCAAUUAUGUUUGUACAAGUUAUCUAUACUGGGUUUAUGAAAUCUUGUAUCAUAUUUUAUAAUAUAAGUAUAUUAUUUUGUUACAUACAUAAUAAUUUUAAAUUCUCAUUAGAGCAAUGCUUAUGUUCUGGAUAUUGGUGAAGGGAACAAUUUUCCACCCACUACAAAGGAGCCAGCAGGUACUUAAUCAGGGUUAAGAUUGAAGUAUUUUUUUGUACCUUUUACUUGUCAGGGUAAGAGUGUGUGCUCAAGAAAAUUAAUAUGAGGUUGAAGCUGUAAAUUUUGUAAGGGAGUUUAGUAUAUUACAUGGUGUACAUUAAACAAAGAAGUCAGACAAAUCACAAGGGCAUAAUCAAAGCCCAAAACAACUUAAGGAUACCAUGAAAGCAAAUAAAAAACCAUUGAAACUGGAGAAACAACCAUAAUGAGGAAAGUGCCUCAAUGAACCAAACAAUGGAAGUCCCUCUGUUUGAAAAAAUCUAGUACUUUGAAUAGAUGGAGCUCAUUGAAGAGAGGUGCUACAUGUAAUUGUGCAUGAAGGUUUAACUGUAUUUAAGUAAAUAUUUUGAAAAUAGUUAAUCAUUGCAAAAUAAUGUUAAAUUUGAUAAUUGGAGUUUAAUGUAAGUAUGUACAACCCUUUUAUUAAACGAACAAAACAUUUCUCCUCAUCAUUUUUGACAGCUUUAUGUCUUCUUUGCUGCCCUAGGUUCCGAUUCUAACCAUACAGAAAUAGCAAACAGUGUGUCCAGUGAACUUACUGUCCGGCAACACAAGCUAGAGUGUCCACAGUGCCACAAACAGUUUUCCUGCCCAAAUAAUAUUGCCUCACACCUUCGUAGUCAUCCUGAGAUUGAUCCAUUGAAGUGCCCUAUAUGUUCUAAGGAGUAUUCCUCUUCCACUUCACUCACCACACACCUGAGAAUUCAUACCGGAGAGAGGCCCUUCUUGUGUUCACACUGUCACAAAUCCUUUAACCAGUCAAGUCAUUUGACCACCCAUAUGCGUGUUCACACUGGUGAGAAACCCUACAAGUGUCCCAAGUGCCCUAAGACGUUUGGACAGUCAAGCCACCUGACUUUGCAUCUGCGAAUUCACAAUGGAGAAAAGCCAUUUCAAUGUAGCUUUUGCACAAAGGGGUUUUCUCACUCAUCAGCUCUGAGCACCCAUAUACGGACCCAUACUGGUGAGAAACCUUUUCAGUGCCCCCACUGUUCAAAGAAGUUUGGCCAGUCAAGCCACCUUAAGAUUCAUGUCAGAACACAUACUGGAGAGAGACCUUUUCAAUGCCAUCACUGUAAAAAGUGCUUUAGACAGUCUUGCUACUUGGCCAAACACUUGAGAAGUCACUCCUCUAAUCAACAAGAUAAUUAA